AUGCUCCUCAACGCUACCGUUCCUCUAUCGGUGGCUUUCGGCACUCCGGAGGACUUCCUCAUCUUCAUCUUCCAUAUCCUGUUCGCCACAAGCGCCGUGCUCGUCGCCGGCUCGGUGGUCAUCGGUAUAUCCUCCACCCGCUCUCUGCGAGGCCAGAACCGUUUUAUAUUCAUGCUGAACACGAGCAUUAGUGACACUCUGACCGGCUUCUCGGUCUACUACCUCGGCCUCUUCGACGUGCAGGAGGGCUAUCCCUCGAGGAAUGGGACUUACUAUAUUUUACCCUCAUUUCUAGGUGUCAAUGUGUUAACAUUCCUCUUCGCUCAGUUUGACAGGUACUUCGCCGUGUGUCAUCCAUUCUUUUACAACCGCUACAUAACGAGAUCUUUUGUCAUUGGGAUUUGCGCAUUUUGCUGGAUUUACACAUACUCUAUCCUCACCGUGCAGAACAUGGUGCCUGUUUCAAAGGCGGCUCAAAUAAACGCGUUCGGUGUAAUGACUUUACAGGUUAUAGUUCUCAUUAAAGUGUUGAUGACAAUUAAAUUAUAUGUUAUUGCCAGGAAUCAUCUGGUGAGAGAGGCGCCCAGUGCUGAGAGAGACAACAAAAAUGAGUCGCUGCGCAUCAUUGUGUUUGUAGUUAUUUGCUUCUUGGCCUUGUGGUGUCCAUCCUUUGUCAAUAUAAUUUUCAGACAGUUGAGCAGCAAUGGUCUGAGGUUUCGGAAUGAAGCCACUAACCUGUUCGCCACCAUGGCGCGUCUGAACGCAUUGGUCACUCCGGCUGUGUACAUCUGGGGCAGCCCGGCGCUGCGGGCAGCCGUGUGGAGAACUGUGUGGCGGAGGGUGUGCCCCAGGCAGAGGGCAAGGUAA